AUGGGUUGUGGUUCAAGUAAAUCGGAUGAAGAUGGAAUACUUGAUUACUCUUCACGAAAGAAAUGUUCGUGUUGUCGAUGUGCUCGAAGAACUGCCGCCAGAGGGUGUUUAAAAUGGUUUGAUUGCUGUUGUUGCUGUUAUGAUCUUCCCACACCUAUAUCCGAAUCAGAUGUCGAUUCAGUGAUUAAACCCGUUCGUCAAGCCGAUAUCGAAUCCGAAUCAUUUCCAGAUCCAAUUAAAGAAAACAAACGAGUUUACAAAAAUCAAUUAACAUAUGAUCCAUCAGUUCAAAUCAAAAUCAUUUCCUUUUCUGGAAUUGAAAAAAUACAUGAGAUUGCACAUGUUGGAAAUGCACAUGAAUUGGGUCUUAAGAAUUUCAAUCCUCUGGAUUGUAUUGAAGGCUUCGAAGAUGAAACAGAUGUUACAUUUGAAGAAUCUCUACAACCUAUUAUUCAAGACAAUCCUCAAUUACGCAGUUAUAUCGAUGAAGCAAAAGCCAAGUGUAACAAAUCGUCUCAGCACGGUUUAACUGUUGAUGAAUCAGCAGCAAUUUACAUUUAUUCGAUGGAGGUUUCAGAUGGUGUUUGUCAACUACUAUACAAAGAUUGGAGUCUCAAUGAUAAAUCCGCCAUGAAGAAGUGGUUGAAGUUUUUAAAACUAUUUAAGAAUGCUUUAGAUAAAUUACCCGAUGCUGAUAAAGCUUGUCAAAUUGUUUCUUGUGAUGAAAGUAUUCAAGACAUGUUGGAAAAUAGUUCUUCGUCCAUAUACACGGCACUUUCGAAGGCAAAGCCAGAAGAACCAGAUAUCAGCAAGCAUCGUGAUUUAGCAAAAAAUGGAAAAUUAUGCUCAGUAACAUAUCUCUGUGCUGGAGGAAAAGAUGUUACAGAUUACACACCAGGGAAAAAGAUUUCGGUGAUUUUAUGGCCAGGAUUGAAAGUUAGUAGUAUAAUGACUGAAAUAAGGGAUUUUUGUGGAUAUAUUUAUUUCCAUCUGAAACCACGUUCAGAAUCGCCCGUUCGAAAACCUGAACCAAUUCCAAUUGAACAAGGAUGGAUAGAUCAUCCGAAGGUAUCUCGUCGAAAACCUUCGAUUGAUAUUUUCGUUCCAAUUCAUAUUUCUCCGAUGCCAAAAGAGGUCAUAACAAAGAAAACGUAUGAAAGACAUUUCUUCUGUUCUCGACCCGGUUGUCGAAAUUCUUGUUCAGCUGAUCAUUCUCGAAAUCAUUGUCGUGGAUUUUCAUUUGUUCAUCACGAAUGUUCACAUCAUUGUUCUCCGCAAAAUCGCUGUUUUGUGUGUAAAAAACACGUGACGAAAUUACAUCAAUGUAAUCAAUGUAAUUGGCGUCUUUGUGAAAAUUGUUCUUUUAAACAAAUAACUAUAAUUCGUCUAGAGAAUAAAUAA